GAUGGGGAACAGUAUCAGUCAACUGCGACUACCCAACGUCGAGACAUGAAGUCCACAUUAGCUCUGCUCAUUGCCGCUAUGGUGUGCGUUAACGUACUCCAUGCGGCGCCCCAUUCUCUCAGAAACUUGAAUAAACGUCAAACGGCCACAGCAACUGCAUCGGCUACGACGGUCUCUGACGUUGUUCCAGCCAAAAUCGAAACACCUACUGUUGUUGCAACACCUGCUGUAAAAGCUGAUGUUCCUGUGUCCACUCCGGUUGUUGAUGUUCCGGUCGUAGCUUCUGUUGCUGCUGUUCCAGUCGCUGUUCCAGCGGUAGUCCCUGCCCCUGCAAAAGCGGCCGUGGUUGCCAAACCUGCUGAGGAAGCUGAGCCCGUAGAAGUUGAGCCAGUUGAGGCUGAACCGGUUGAGACUGAACCCGUUGACGCCGAACCAGUCGAAGCUGAGCCUGUUGAAGCUGAGCCUGUUGAAGCUGAGCCUGUUGAAGCUGAGCCUGUUGAAGCUGAGCCUGUUGAAGCUGAGCCUGUUGAAGCUGAGCCUGUUGAAACUGAGCCUGUUGAAGCUGAGCCUGUUGAAGCAGAGGCUGCCGAAGCAGAGGCAGCUGAAGCAGAAGCUGCUGAAGCUGGCGCAGCAAGAAGGAAACGACAGGCCACUGCAGUUGCCGAAGCUCCUGCGAAAACUGAAACUAAAGCUGAAGUUCCCGCUGUAGCUGCUCCCGCUGUAGCUGCUCCUGUUGCCGUUGCUCCUGCUGUUGCUACUGCCGUUAAAACGGCAGUAAACACUAAAGCUACCGAAGAGGCCGAGCCAGUAGAAGCUGAGCCCGUCGAAGAAGCUGAACCCGUUGAGGCUGAACCAGUCGAAGCCGAGCCCGUUGAAGUGGAGCCCGUUGAAGAAGCCGAACCCGCUGAAGCCGAACGCGCUGAAGCCGAACCCGCUGAAGCUGAGCCUGCAGAAGCUGAAGCUGGAGCUGCAAGAAGGAAACGACAGGCCACUGCAGCUGCCGAAGCUCCUGCGAAAACUGAAGCUAAAGCUGAAGCCCCAGCCGUAGCUGCUCCCGCUGUAGCUGUUGCUCCCGCUGUAGCUGCUCCCGCCGUUGCAGUUGCUCCUGCUGUUGCUACUCCCGUUAAAGCCGCAGCCGACGCUGAACCUGUCGAAGAAGCCGAGCCAGUAGAGGUGGAGCCCGUUGAAGAAGCUGAACCCGUUGAGGCUGAACCCGCUGAAACCGAACCAGUUGAAGCUGAGGCCGCUGAAGUCGAACCUGCCGAAGCUGAAGCCGCUGAGGCCGCUGAAGCUGAACCUGCCGAAGCUGAAGCUGAAGCUGGAGCCGCAAGAAAGAAGCGUCAGGCCGUCACGGCUGCAGCGUCCGCUGGAACAUCCUCGACGGGCGCAACUGGAGCCGCCGCUGAUGCCACGGCAGCUGUUGCCACUCCGGCUGCCGCUGCUGCUGCCCCACUUCCAGCCGUCAAUCCAUUCGAGGCACCCAAGGACACACUUGAAGUGACUCAAGCAAAAGCAGCUCAUUUCGCCGCCCACGCCCAGGUCAAAGCGGCCCAAGCUGCAGCUGCCCUUCCCGCCGCUGCUCCCGCCGCCGUUGCCAAACCCGCAGCAGCCCCUGCCGCCGAUGCGGAGCCAGUCGAAGAGGCCGAACCUGCUGAAGUGGAACCGAUCGAAGAAGCCGAGCCUGCAGAAGCUGCAGAGGCUGCCGAAGCUGAAGCUGAAGCUGCAGAGCCCGCCGAAGCGGCUGAAGCUGAAGCCGAAGCCGAAGCUGGUGCGGCUCGUAGAAAGCGCCGUGCUGCUUAUUAGUCGGCAGUCUCCUCAUCGCGUUAGAAAACCAAUCGUUUUAGCCACUUCUGGGUGUUAAAAAAAACAAAAAACAAAAAACAAAAAAACCAAGUCACGAUGCAAAUUCAAGGUUUCGCUGGCAUUUUUGCAAACAUUUCUCUUUUUUUUUCUUGAAAUUGUACUGUACAUUUAGCCGUUUUUCUUCCUUUUGUGUUUGUACGACAACCAACUCUAAUCUGGUUGGUCACAAGAAGACCAAACAAUGAAAAAACCAACAAAAAACACGAUCAAAUACAGUAGUCAAAAACGUUUCAAA